CGGUGAGCAGGGGGGCUUCUUGAUGGUGGUUCGUAUGCUGAUUCUGUUGAUUGUUUUUCGGAAUUAUUACUUCUCUGAAGACAUUAUUUCUGAAUUAUGAUCUUCGGAUCAGGAAAAAAAAUACUCCAUUUAGUUUUACUAUGGUAAAUGAUUCAAAACACGAGAGUAUAAAUGGUCUAUUGGAAAACUUGUUAUUGAAGAACCCCUUGAAGUGGACCGAACGAAAUUUACUGCCAAAAGAAAAACUUGCAAUCACCACCAAAGCGAGUGAAGAGUAUCAUUCUCUGUUGUGUGUGUCGAUAAAAGAAAAAAAGUUACAAACGGGAAACUUGCUCGGUGAAAAGUGGCAUCAAAAGUGUAUUUCAGCGGCUAGAAAGAUAACAAAUUUAUAGUUUUGGAUGUGGUGAAGCGAAUGCUAUCAAAACGAGUGAUUGCGAGCCCGGUCGACCAGUACUUCGAUAGAGCAAAGUAAAAGACGCGAGAAUCGCGGACUAAUUGGGCUUGGGAACAUAAUGGCUGAUAUCGUCUAUCCGCCGGGAUGUCGGCAAAUCAAUGAAGACCUUGGACCAGACGAACUCAUCCGGCGAUUGAAAACACUAACCCAUACGUUACAGGCAAUGGGUCAGGACGAAGGCAUGUACACGCAGUACAUUCCGUUGGCCGUACAUUUGGCGGAUGACUAUUUCCUUCAGCAUGCAUCGAAAGAUGUUCAGCUGCUGAUAGCCUGUUGCAUUGCGGAUGUGUUGCGUGUAUAUGCUCCGGAGGCUCCCUAUAAGGAUCAGGACCAGAUAAAGGGUAUUUUUCUGUUCCUCAUCAAACAAUUGAACGGACUUAAAGACCCCAAAGAUCCGGCCUUCAAGCGAUAUUUCUAUCUGUUGGAAAAUCUCGCCUACGUGAAGUCUUUUAACAUGUGCUUUGAGCUGGAGGAUUGCCAAGAGAUAUUCUGUACAUUGUUCAGUCUGAUGUUUAAAAUUGUCAAUGACGAACAUAGCAGCAAGGUGAAAUCAUUCAUGUUAGAUGUCCUUUGUCCGUUGAUCACCGAGUCGGAUUCCGUGUCAUACGACCUGCUAGAUUUGGUGUUCAUCAACAUCGUAGAACCUCUGCGAACACAGAAGAAAAACGCUUACCACCUGGCCAAAGAUUUGAUCGUGAAAACUAGCGAUACGUUGGAGUCAUACACGCAAGCAUUUUUCAAUCAGAUUCUCAUUCUGGAUAAGUACGAAAAACAGUACCAAAUAAUGCCCAAGAUUUACGACGUUAUCUAUGAACUGAACGUGAUAAGUCCAAGCAUUUUGCUUUCGGUACUUCCUCAGCUGGAAUGUAAGCUGAAGUCUGCCCAGGAAAACGAGCGACUGAAGGCUGUAUCGCUAUUAGCACGGAUGUUUUCCGAGAAAGACUCGACGUUGGCCAGACAAUAUGGUCCACUGUGGCGACAGUUUCUUGGCAGAUUUUACGAUAUUGCUGUUCCUAUACGAAUCAAAUGUGUUCAGAGCACUAUGCAUUUUCUGCUUAAUCACCCCAAUCUAAGAAAGGAUAUCAUUGACAUUCUCAAGGUUCGUCAGCAUGACUCAGACGAAACUGUGCGAUACGAAGUGGUUAUGGCUAUUGUUGAGACGGCGAAAAGAGACUUUCAGAUCGUAUCCGAGUCGGAGGAUCUGCUUGAGUUCGUCAAGGAGCGCACGCUGGACAAGAAGUACAAAAUUCGUAAAGAAGCUAUGAACGGAUUGGCGAUGAUUUACAAAAAGUAUCUCAGUGACAGUAAUGUGCCAGAAGCGACCAAAAGGGCGAUCAAUUGGAUCAAGGAUAAAAUUUUGCAUGGAUACUAUAUGACCGGAAUCGAGGAUCGAUUAUUGGUGGAACGAUUGCUGAUCACUUGCUUGGUCCCAUAUCAGUUACCGGCAGAGGAUCGAAUGAAAAAACUGUAUCAACUUCUUGGUACAAUUGACGAAAACGCGACAAAGGCGUUUAUUGAGUUGCAGAAAAAUCAAUUAAAAGUGAGACGAAGUGUAGCCGAAUGGAUAAAGCUGCAUAGAAUAAAAGAAUUAACCCCGAAUAUCCAGAAAGAUAUGAACGCAAAGUGUACCAACAUUGCAAAACAGCUUCCAGAACCUGUGAAAGCACAAGAAUUUCUGCUCAAGUUUAGCGCCCAAAUGCGUAAGGAUCCAAAGUUGAUAACAGAGAUGGAAACUAUUUUGAAACGGGACGUAACCUGUAAGGAAUGCGCGGAUACAAUGGCGAUUGUGUUGAAGAAGCUUGGCCAGCCAAUUAUGACAAACACCUAUUACAAUACGGUUAAGAUGCUGUUGGAGCGAAUCGCUUCUGUGAUGGUGGAUAAACAAUCCAUAGGAAUACUCAUAGAACUGAUUCAAGAAUGCAUGAACGGUUCGGAGGUUGUCAAUGAAGUUAGCCUUCCGUCGGAAACCGCAGGCGAACGUGGACUUAAGCUAUUGACAGUUCUAGCCUAUGUGUUCUCAGCUCACUUCCAGCAUGAGGAAAUCCUGCGGCAUAUGAUUGGUUUGCUAAAUUUCGAUGAGGAAUACGUUGCUCCGUACGUAUUGAAGGCGUUCACCUAUCUUGGACGAUACAAACCUCUAAUCGAGUGUCACAAUGAAAUCGUGAAAGAACUUGCGCCAAUCUGCAAAGAGUUUGCGGUGGCCGGGACACCAAAACAGGCGAAACAUGCCAUCCGGUGUAUGUUUGUCAACACUCAAAGCAACGAUCCAAACAUCGACUCUAGCAUAGAUAUAUUUCCGGAAAUUGUUGAAUCGUUCAAACUAAAUUUGAAUCCCGAAAAUGAGCACUACCGAACGGCCAUUGUGAGUCUAGGUCACAUUGCGUACAAUCUGCCAGAAAAGUUCCACGUACAAAUUAAGAAUAUUAUAUCACGUAAAAUCGUCAAAGAAUUAUUGGUAAAGGAAACAAGCGAGGGGCGAAUAAAUGUGCCGAGUUUGGAGUGGUGCGAUGAAGACGAGCUUCCGGAAGAGACCCGCUGCAAAGUGGAGGGUCUGAAAACGAUGGCACGUUGGUUGCUGGGGCUCAAAAAGGAUGUUUUGUCAGCUCAAAAAACGUUCCGAAUGUUGAAUGCAUUCAUUAGCAAAAAAGGCGAUCUGUUAGAGCAGGGAACUCUUUCGAUGGCGGAAAAGUCCUGGUUGCGGUUAAGUGCCGGGAAGGCGAUGCUCAAAAUUUGCGAGCAAAAAGGUGUUGGCGAUCAGUUCAUAGCCGAACAGUUCUACAAUCUCUCACAACUAAUGUCAGAUCCGGUUCUGGAAGUACGGGAUACAUUCGUCAAAAAGUUACACAAGGGACUGAACAAGGGAAUUCCACAUAAGUGUCUUCCGCUGGAUUUCAUGGGUUAUUACGUGCUGGGAGGCCGAGAAAUGGACAGAAAAUUACAACAGCAAAUCAAAUCAAACAUUGAAACAGAUGUUAACCGUCGCAGAGAGUAUGUGAAAACCUUUGCUACAGUGGAACGCGCGAUGAGCCAACUGCCGCAUAUUUUACCCGACUAUAUGUUGGUAUUUGCCGUACCAGUAUUGACGCACGAUCCUCGUUUCACUAGGCAUACGGAUCCUGUCCAACUGCGGCAGAUCGAGCGAUGCUUAUGGCUGAUCCUUGAACCACUGGUGACCAACAAGGAAUUCUUCUGCUUCGGUUUCUACAAGAACCUCAUUGAGCGAAUGAAAAAUCACAAAGACUCACUCAAACCUGACGACGAAGAGACUAACUGUAAAUUAUGGGCUAUUUGUGAUAUAGCACUCGGGUUGAUUUUUACCAAAGUGAACACCUACGAAGCUCGCGAAUUCCUAGUAGACGCACGAAUCCCAUCAAUGUACUUCCAGGCUCAGCCAGAAGAUUUCCAGAAUGCUCGGCUGUAUAUACCAGAAGAUAUGUACAAUUUGACCGGAUCGAAUCCUGUGAAGAAGACGAUAGCGUCUGUAAAUGAUCGUAGGAAAGCAUCCAGUUCGAAAGCACACAACCACGAAGGAAACGGUGGAAGUGAAGACCACCCUGGUAAUAGCAGCGGAGGGGAAGAUGACGAACCACCUUUCAAAAAAUUACACAGCAGUAGUAAAGAUGACGACUAAUAGCAAGGUCUGAGGGAUGACAAUAGGAAUGUCCGAUCCCGAUUCUCUAUUAAGGAUUUUAGUCGAUAUAAUUAUCUGUAAGACGCUACAGUAAAGUGGAAAGUUGAUCUUUUUCUAAAAAAGUAAGCUAAACCGUGGAGAAUCUUUUUUAUAAUUUCCGGAUUACCUUAAUCUAAGGCUUCACUCGAUGUAAGCGAUUAAGAGAAGGAAUUAUUAUUUUUCUGCUGUUAAGUUAUUAUUUAUAAAUUUAUAUUAAACAUGCGAUGAAAGGUGGGAUUGAUUCAGUCUUGUGGAACCCAUUUGGAAAUGUUAAUCGCGAAUGUGAGGGAAAAUUGAGCUCUAUUGAGACAUAAUAGAGAUGUAAAGUUAUGGCUAUCACCAAUAUGCUGAAGAAAACAUGAACUUUAUGAAGUGAUAGAGAAAAGCAAAUCAACAGAAAUUAAAUAAAAUGCUAUA